CUCCAUAUUGAGCAUUUGUUGGCUAUGAACAAAAUAUUCUGGAAAGUAUUCUUAUUUGGAGAUCCUAAUCUACAGAUUAUAAGGAAUGCUGACCUAGAAGAUUUGCGGGAGUUAGGAUCUGGUACAUAUGGAACUGUCUAUCAUGGAAAAUGGCGGGGCACAGAUGUGGCUAUAAAGAGAAUAAAAAAGAGCUGCUUUGCCGGGAGAUCAUCAGAGCAAGAACGGUUGACAAAUGACUUCUGGAGAGAAGCUCAGAUCCUCUCAAAGCUGCAUCAUCCAAAUGUUGUUGCCUUCUAUGGAGUAGUGCCAGAUGGAACUGGUGGAACUCUGGCAACUGUUACUGAAUAUAUGGUCAAUGGGUCGCUUAGAAAUGUGCUACUCAAGAGAGACAAAUCACUGGAUCGUCGUAGAAAGCUUUUAAUUGCCCUGGAUGCAGCUUUUGGCAUGGAAUACUUGCACUCCAAAAACAUUGUUCAUUUUGAUCUGAAAUGUGACAACUUGCUUGUCAAUCUCAAGGAUCCACAAAGACCUAUAUGUAAGGUUGGAGAUUUUGGAUUAUCAAGAAUCAAGCGCAAUACUCUUGUUUCUGGUGGUGUCAGAGGAACUCUCCCAUGGAUGGCACCAGAACUUUUAAAUGGCAGCAGCAGCCGGGUUUCUGAGAAGGUUGAUGUGUUCUCAUUUGGCAUUUCAAUGUGGGAAAUCUUGACUGGAGAAGAACCAUAUGCGGACAUGCAUUGCGGUGCUAUCAUUGGGGGAAUAUUGAAGAACACUCUUCGGCCUCCAAUUCCAGAACGUUGUGAUCCUGGAUGGAAGAAGCUGAUGGAACAGUGCUGGUCACCUGAUCCCGAAACCAGACCAUCAUUUACUGAGAUAACAAACAGGCUGCGAGCAAUGUCUUUGGCACUCCAGCCAAAGGGACAUAAUACAUAGGGAAGAGAGAUGAGAUCUAAUAUUACUGCAUUACGCAUCAUCAUGUAGACACAUCAUCAUGUAGACAUGCCAGGUUUUGUUCGUAGGUAUCUGAAAUGUCUAGCAUCUUCAUCUCGGGCUCUCAAGGGUAGAAGAGUAGAUCCAAUAGCAAGCGUAAAUUCGAUGGCCUUUUUUAGUCUUUGUUAAUGAAUGCCUUCAUUUUUUUAUUCUUUUUGCAACAGAAUUACCUCAGGUCAUAGUAAGCAACAGUUAUUACAGGGUUUACUGAGUUUCUUGGUGAUUUUGUUUGGAACAAAAUGUGUUUAUAUGUAUAUACACACACAUCAUAUAUGAAAAAAAAAAAAAAGCGCAU